CUCUCUCUUUCCCACUCUUUCUUCUGUGUAGCAUGUACGAAAUUCAUUGUUUUGUUUGAUUGCUUAGAAAAAGAAAACAUUUCUCAAAUUUUUCCUUGUUCUUUUACUCUUCUCUCUUUGGAAUCCCAGAUCUCCAAACUACUGCUCUUCCCCAUUUUCAUAUGCUCAGUUCUAAAUGGCCAAAACAAGUUCAGCUGAUGGUAGGACUAGAAGCUCUGUACAGAUCGUCAUAGUAGUUGGUCUGUGCUGUUUCUUCUAUAUAUUAGGAGCGUGGCAGAGAAGUGGUUUUGGAAAGGGAGAUAGCAUAGCUUUGGAAAUUACUAAGACUAAUGCCGAAUGUGAUAUAGUUCCAAAUUUAAGUUUUGACUCCCACCAUGGUGGAGAAGUUGGUGAAAUUGAUGAAGCAGAAUCAAAGCCUAAGGCAUUUAAACCAUGUGCUGCUCGCUAUACUGAUUACACUCCCUGUCAGCAUCAAAAGCGUGCCAUGACCUUUCCUAGAGAAAACAUGAUCUAUAGAGAGAGACACUGCCCCACAGAGGAAGAGAAGUUAAAGUGUAUGAUCCCUGCACCCAAGGGGUAUGUUACACCAUUUCCUUGGCCAAAGAGCCGUGACUAUGUUCCAUUUGCUAAUGCUCCCUACAAGAGCCUUACAGUAGAGAAGGCUAUUCAGAAUUGGAUCCAAUAUGAGGGAAAUGUGUUCAAGUUUCCUGGUGGUGGAACACAGUUUCCUCAAGGUGCUGAUAAAUAUAUUAAUCAAAUUGCGUCUGUGAUACCUAUAACUAAUGGGACAGUGAGGACAGCGCUAGACACCGGUUGUGGGGUUGCCAGCUGGGGUGCAUAUCUUUGGAGUAGAAAUGUUAUUGCCAUGUCGUUUGCACCAAGGGAUAAUCAUGAAGCACAAGUUCAGUUUGCUCUUGAAAGAGGUGUCCCUGCUGUCAUUGGCGUUUUGGGGAGCAUAAAGUUGCCCUAUCCAUCUAGAGCCUUUGACAUGGCUCAUUGUUCUCGCUGUUUGAUACCGUGGGGAGCAAAUAAUGGGAUAUAUAUGAUGGAAGUUGAUCGUGUUCUAAGACCUGGUGGUUAUUGGGUGCUCUCGGGUCCUCCAAUCAAUUGGAAGGUUAACUACAAAGCCUGGCAGAGACCUAAGGAAGACCUCGAGAAAGAACAAAGUAAGAUUGAAGAGAUUGCUAAGAAACUUUGCUGGGUGAAGAGGUCGGAGAAGGCUGAAAUAGCCAUUUGGCAAAAGGUUGUAGACUCUGAAUCAUGUCAGAGGAGACAAGAUGAUGACAGUGUGGAAUUUUGCAAGUCCUCAGAUGCCGAUGACGUCUGGUAUAAGAAAAUGGAGGCCUGCAUUACUCCAAGUCCUGAAGUUUCUGGUGGGAAUCUCAAACCAUUUCCAAGCAGGCUUUAUGCCAUUCCUCCAAGAAUUGCAAGUGGCUCAGUUCCUGGAGUUUCCUCCGAGACAUACCAGGAUGACAACAAAAUGUGGAAAAAGCAUGUAAAUGCUUACAAGAAAACUAAUAGACUGUUGGACUCGGGAAGGUACCGUAAUAUUAUGGAUAUGAAUGCCGGAUUGGGUAGUUUUGCUGCUGCUAUCCAUUCUUCAAAGUUAUGGGUCAUGAAUGUUGUGCCUACUAUAGCUGAGACAAAUACACUUGGUGUGAUAUAUGAACGAGGACUAAUUGGCAUCUAUCAUGAUUGGUGCGAAGCCUUUUCCACAUAUCCACGAACAUAUGACCUCAUUCAUGCUCCUGGUCUCUUUAGUCUGUACAAGGAUAAAUGCAAUGCAGAAGAUAUUCUUUUGGAGAUGGACCGGAUUCUGCGACCAGAAGGAGCUGUCAUAUUCCGUGAUGAAGUGGAUGUGUUAAUUAAGGUAAAGAAAAUAGUUGGAGGAAUGAGAUGGGAUACUAAAAUGGUUGAUCAUGAGGACGGUCCUCUUGUUCCUGAGAAAGUUCUGAUUGCUGUUAAGCAGUAUUGGGUUAUUGGUGGAAAUUCCACAUCAACACAAUAAUCACUGAACCGAAGCUGAAAUUCUGGUUUGCCCUUUGGCUACCAGUACCUUUCUGCAUACCAUUUUCACAGAAUUCAUAUGGUAUUUGGGCUCAAUUGGUCAAUGCAACUGUGACAGAGUUAGAGGUUAAAGAAGUUUUGCACAAUUGUCACUUACCUAAGUUUAUAUGUUGUUAAUUUAUUGAUGAAGAAAGCUACAAACCUAUGAUUAAGGUUUAUGCCACUUGGCAAUUUUUGGAGUAAGUUACUUAUCUUGUACAAUGUUGCAUUCAGAAGUGAACACCGUCUCAACCUCUUUCUCA